GAAACCCCAACAGUAAAAAAUAAAUCAUCCAUCCCCUUAACAAAAUGGCAUCCGCCGAAAAGCGAUGCCUGUACGAAGUCCUCGGCGUCGGCCGCGAAUGCACACCCGACGAAAUCCGGUCGGCGUACAAGCGGAUGGCCCUCCAGCGCCACCCCGACAAGCUCGUUCAGAGCGGCGUCCCUGAAGCCGAAGCCACCGCCCUUUUUCAGGAGCUCGUCAACGCCUACGAGGUCCUCUCCGACCCGAAGGAGCGUGCGUGGUACGACUCUCACCGGAACCAAAUCCUGUUCUCCUCCACCUCCACUUCCGCCGCCACCGGUUCGUCCAGUUUCGUGCCCGACGUAUUUUCGUUCUACUCGAAUUCGGUUUAUUCUGGGUAUUCGGACUCCGGGCGGGGGUUUUAUAAGGUUUAUGGAGAUUUUUUCGAUAAGAUUUAUCAGAAUGAAUUGAGUUUCUCGAAGAAAUUAGGGUUGCCGCUGCCCAAGGAAGCUCCUGUGUUGGGCAAUUUGGAGAGUCCUUACGCUCAGGUCACAGCAUUCUAUAACUACUGGUUAGGGUUUGUGUCGGUACUGGACUUCUUCUGGGCAGACCAGUAUGAUGUUAUGGCGGGCCCCAACAGAAAGUCGAGGAGGCUAAUGGAGGAUGAGAACAAGAAGUUGAGGAAAAAGGCUAAGAGAGAGUAUAACGAUACAGUGAGGGGACUGGCGGAGUUUGUGAAGAAGAGAGAUAAACGAGUAAUUGAUAUGCAAAUAAAGAGGAACGAGGAGAUGGAAAAGAAGAAAGAGGAGGAGAAACAGAGGAAAAAAGAGCUGGAGAGACUGAAAGCUGAAAAAGCACAAAGUUACGAGGAGCCCGAAUGGGCGAAAGUAGAGGAGUUUGAGGAUGACUACGAGGAUGAGGAUGUGGUGGAGGAAAAGAAAGACGAGUUAUAUUGUGUGGUCUGUAGCAAGAAGUUCAAGAGCGACAAACAGUGGAGGAACCACGAGCAGUCUAAGAAGCACAAAGAGAAGGUGGCAGAACUGAGGGAAGCAUUUAGCGAGGAGGAUAAAGAAUAUGAAGCUGCAGGAGGAGAGAAUGAAAGAGCGGUAGAUGAAGAAACGGAGGUGGAUGAAAACGGGGUUCACUACUUGUCAGCAGAUGAAAACGGUGUAAAUGAGUUACAGGAGCAAUUUGAAAACAGUUUCGGUAAGCAAGAAGAUGAUGAUAGUGAUGAUGGAAAAACGGGACCCACGGAGGCAAAAGACUUUGCUGACGUGGAUAAUGAAGAUGAUGAUGAGACAAGUGUGCUUGAAGCUAUGUUGUCUGGGCAUAAGGGUAAGAAGAAAGUGCGUAAUCAGCCAAAGGCACCAGUUGAGAAAAUUCAAGCGGAAGAUGAUAGUGAUGAAUUGGAGUUUAUGGAGUACAAUGACACGAAGGGUUCACGGAGAAACAAAGGGGGAAGGAGGCGAAGGGCUAAAAGACAAGAAGAGGCAGAAGCUGAUGUGGCGGAUGAGGCAGAAACAGUGAAAGCUGAUGUGGCGAAGGAGGCAGAAACAGUGAAAGAUUAUGUGGCAGAGGAAAAUGGUGAGGCUAAGGAACUUGAUGAGGGAGAUAAUGAUGCUGGGGAGUCGGGUUCUAAUUGUUUACCAGAGUCGGAGUCUAAGAGGAAAGUCGAUGAAUCCGAUGCAACAAAAAUGCACCAUAAGAAUCCACAGCAAGCUGUUAACAAGAAAAAUGCCAAAAAGAAGGAAAAUGCUUCUAAAUUGAAGGCUGCACCGAAAGGAAGAAAACAAAAGGCUGCAGUAAAUAACCCUGACAACGCAUGUGAAACGUGUGGCGAAGAAUUUGAAACAAGGAAUAAAUUGCAUAGACAUUUGGGAGAAACCGGUCACGCUUCACUAAAAUCUCGAUGAUGGUUUAUUCGAGUAACAAAGCUUGAAGAUUUUUUGUAUGUCCCGUAAUUGCGUAUGCACUCAAAGUUUUGCUAAGAGCUUCUAAUUCCGUUUUUAUUUUUAAAUUUAAUGGGAAAAGCUCUGUAAUACGUGGAUGUAUAUGAGCCUAUUUUUCGUAAUUUAGGUUCUGGAAGAAGUCCUCCCGAGUAGGUGAAAAAUAUUGAACUGGACUUGAUAGAAAAAUACAGUAUAUACUUUUGAAGAUAUCAUUGUAAGCUGGGGGUUAUCUGCAAUAGGAAAAUGCAGCCCCCGCUUGUUACAUCUAUUGUUACUUGCUGUGAUUGCUAAUAUUUUUCUUUUCUUGGGAAAUGUGGAAGCUUUAUACCUCAUUUAUCUU